AUCAAUAGACGAUCUAUACCAUAUUCUAUUCGAACAAAACUGUGUUUGUAAAAAAAAAAAAAGGAUUUUAAUUGACUUUUGGUUUUCAUUAUGUCUAUGUACUUUAUUCUAUAAAAGUGAUAGAAAUUAAAUUAUAGCAGACCAUUUCCAUUCUUUACCUUUGGCCUUUUGCGACCACGUGACCUACAAAACAGCGAUGACCUCUCCUGCUUGCUAGCUGUAGCUAACAAGGGGAGCGUAUACUAACACUUCACAAUGGACCAGUCUAAACAAGAGAAAGAAUGUGGAUACGAGUUAUUCCCGGAGAGAAACACUGGAUCUAAGCAGGAUAAAACAUUCGUAAAGAACCUGUUCACUUUACAUUUCAAGUGUGAGAUCAUGUUGAAGCUCGCAAUGGAAAAAAGUCCAUAUGCCAAACUACUCCUCAGUGCCAUGAACAGCUCGGGAUGCAAGGUUAUUAAAGAACGGCAUUUCGCCUGUGAAGAUUGUGACGGGACGGUGAGCGGGGGUUUUGACGUGGCUUCUUCUCAGAUCGUUUUGUGUCAGAACAACAUCCACCAGCAGUCCCACAUGAACAGAGUGGUCACACACGAGCUCAUCCAUGCCUUCGACCACUGCCGGGCCCACGUGGACUGGUUCAACAACCUGCGGCACCUGGCCUGUUCUGAGAUCCGCGCGGCUAACCUGAGUGGAGACUGCUCCUUCGGCUCUGAAGUGUCCAGAUUUAACUUCGGCUUGAAGCAGCACCAUCAGGGGUGCGUCAGUGGCCGCGCCGUCCGCUCCAUCCUCGCCGUGAGGAAGAUCAGCGCGGAGGAGGCACAGAAAAUAGUGGACGAAGUGUUCGACUCGUGUUCCAGUGACCACGCUCCGUUCGGAAGAGUCCCGCACGGCAACAAGGAUGCUGAGUUUGCCUACAACGAUUAUGAGAGCAGAGAUAGAUAUAAUGCAAACCUGCUUUAGCUGAGCUGUGGAGAGGACACUGGGGAACGUUUGGCAGCAUCAAGUUCCUGCUCAGCAUCAAGCCUCCCCCGGGGGACAGCGUGUCCCAACCAUCGAAUCUCCUCACCAGAGACUUUCUCCGACUGAUGUGUUUUUGGAACAGAAGGAACUAGUUUCAAUACAUUUCAUAAUCUACCUUCAUUUUGUUAAACUAACCCUCCAAAGGGAUUUAAAGGAGUGAUUUUGCUGUGGAAGUAAAUUAUAAAAGGAGGCCUCAGUGAUUUAUGUCGGGUUUUUUUUAUUAUUAGAGGCUUUUAAGGAAUUAUAGGAGUAAGUUUUGUCCAUGGAUGUUUGCUGGAAUCCCCCUGAGGUUUGAUAGCCUCUUUAACUCUUCAUGUUGUUGCCACAUUGACAUCCAUUUCUUGUGAUUAAAUCAAACCAAAUCA